AUGGUUGAAAAGAAUUCGUCUCGAACUGGAGACACAGAAGGUUUUUUUCGACGUAGCUGGACUGGAAACAAUCAUCGACCCGGCACGCAGAUCGAGGAGGGUGUAAACAGCGCGCCCCCUCCUCUACCAUCAUCCUCGAUCCAUCCAGGGGUUCGCAGUUUCUCUGCACCCAUCCAGAAUGGCAUGGACCGACUUCCUGUCGCUCCCAAUGGUAUUAAACCAGGUUCCUUGAGGGCACCAGGGGAACUCGGUGUCGUUCGUAACUCCGAAUCCACUGACCGCGCGGACUCGUCAGAAGAGGAAGCCGAAGCUAAUCCCUUUGUUCGAACACACCCAAAUGUGCUCCGUAUGCAUCAACGAGAAAAUGAUUUGAUUCGAGCAUCGCGAACACCGGCAUCCAUUGCUGCCCAGACCCAGGCUCUUCGCGAGCUGGCAAAACGGUAUCCGACGCCGACUUACUCGGCAAGCUUCUGCUACCGUGGUAUGGAGGUUCUAGUCGCCACCACAUCCUUGCCAACUUGUUAUUUAAUGUUUGCGCGGACACGAUUUGUUUUCCAAACCUUGCAAGUCGAUACGAAUUUCGCGAUUGUGGCCUUGACGAUACAUCCAACUUCCGGACAAAUUGUCCUGGCCCAAAAGGAUGGGUCGGUUCGAUCCUACGACCCCGAAUCGACUGAUCCUUUAGUGGAGAAUUACGGCCCUUAUCGUUGGAGGGACGGACAUGCUUUUUCUUGUGUCGAUUUCUUCUCCACCGAAAACGAUUCCAUGCAGAUCACUGAUGCCUCGGUUGAUCCAGCCCAUUCCAUAGCACUGAGUCUAUCUGACGACUGUAAAUUACUCGUUGGUCAUCAUGAUCAAAUUGCGGUCUUUGACGUAGCUUCCAAAAAUUCCAAAUCAAAGAAGCAUCGGAAAACGGUUGAGUGUCUGUGGACCACCCGGUUGCCUAAAAGAGUCCUCUUGGCACAGCUUUCUGGUGAUGGACAUGCCAUAGCAUUGGUUUUAGAUCACAACUCAAGUUUCAAUACAACAGGCUCUUUGGAUGGUACCGACAACGCUGAUGCCGACGGUGUGUAUACAUUCGAACGCGAUUUUGACGACGGGGGUAGUCUAAGUUCUUUUGGUCCCGUAUCAGUCGACGAUGUGCCCUCUGUUGUGAGUUUGGCAAGUUCCCCAACGGUCGGUAUUCUCUAUAGGCCGGGCCCAUACAUUGUUCUCCCUUCGCCAGUUGUCCGACUCUCUUUUCGUGGUUUUGGCCACUUGACCUCUGAAAUUACGCGAGAUCCAAAAAUUCGACCUGCAGGGAACGAUUUGCUGCUGACUAGUUGCUCCGACGGUGUGGCCAAAAUUUUUUCCCAGUACGAGUGGCAAGAACUUGUGUCGUGGGAAACACCCCCGUCGACACGGGUAGAUUGGGUUCGCAACAUUACUGCCUUGACAUUGGGUGAUUUGGACUCGUCCACUCCAAGCAAAGCCCGGAGCGCCCGGUCGUCCCGUCGACCGAGCACCACUUCGCUGAUGGACCUAGACGAGGAAGCCGGCCACGAAACCUUAGGCAAGAGAAACCACUUUUCGUCUAUUCCUAGCCACACGACACCGUCGUCACACGCUGGAGCGUGGGUUUCCGAAUUAACAUUUCAAGGGGCGUUUCCAGCAUUACGUAUUUCUCGAUUGACUUACCUGAAACGUAGUCUAAGUGACUGGAAGCCAACACUGCUCGAAUCCAUAUCGGCCUUUUUACCGCCCGAUAGUGUAUUAAAAGAUCGGGUUCUUCAUACAUCUGAUGUAGGCUUAACAGUGGAAGGUGUUUGGCCUGCUUGGAGUCCGUGGGCAGCAACGGUCGAGCCGUCAAGCAAUGCAGGCGAUGCCUUGGGAGGGUCAGCCAUGGAAAGCCUGGGCUUGUCGUCGGGACCGCGAACGCAAGGCGGCGGAUUUUUUUGCGACAACUUUUUAGGUGGAGCGCAGACCCCACCAAUCGAAUUGCGUAUAACUGCUCUGCAUCCCGUUAGCGGUCAAGUGGUCGUCAUGGAAAUUCCCGUGUUCGGAGAUCAGACUUUGAAUACGGUAGAGAUGGGAAGUCCAAUUCGCUCCGUCGUGUCUGUACUGGAUCUGGAUUUAAGAUCCAAACAAGAGGUGACUCCUUCAGCUUCGACAGAUAAUGCUGCGAAUCGAUUAGUCGCAAGUCUUGAAGAGGCUACCAACAUUAUUUCGCUUACCUUGCGGCAACCCGGGACUAUGUCGCUCCUCCCUGAUACCUGGUCACGAGAAGAUGCAAAUCCCAAAGUAGCUGGACAUUUGCUCAAUAAUCCCACAAAAUUUCGGGAUGAAAGCUUGGUAUCUGUACCUUUAGCGUUACCUCCAUUUCAGCUCCCCAAAGAUGAUGGUGUUGUGACAGCCUUGCGGUGGUGGCCAAGCAAUCCUUUUUCGGGGACGUCAGUCGUUUUGGCAUUUACAAGCGCUGGUACUAUUGUAGCCAUCAAAAUCCCUCCCACCUGGAGUUUUUUGGAGCCCCCAAUGCCUGGUUGUGAUGAAUCGAUCCCUUCUAUAGUGGGCAAUAAGUCCAGUAUGUGGGAAGACGAUCCUGAUUUCCGUAUGGAAGACUACGAAGUAUCGAUCGUUCCGGAGGCAGAAUAUGGGCUUGGCCUUCGGCUAGAGAGUCAUGUGCACGGCAUGACCGCGAUCGCCGGCUCGUUCAAAAGGCAUCCCUUAAACGGCGAAAUGCUCCCGGCCGAAAGAACCGGAAUGAUUACGCUAGGUGAUGAGCUUUUGAGCGCCAACGGAAUCUCCCUCAGUGAAAAGUCGUUUGAAGAAAUCAUAAGCGCUGUACGUGAAAUAGGCGCCAACGCAAACAUUCGACACCCAGUCAGGAUGAAGUUUCGACGCCGACCCCUCAAUACGCGGCGAAGGGCUGGUAGCCAAACGUCGGAGACCUCGGGAAGAAGGACGAUGAAUGAGAUGAUUGGUGUUACACCCGAGGAAUUGGAAAGAAACCCAGUUUUUAAUCGAGGUAGUGCCCAGACCACGGACCGAUCCCAGAAUGGUUCAGAGAAGAAUUGGAACCCUACGAACAUGUAUGGAUCAAUUGCCGUGUGUACGGUCUUUCGAAACCUUGGAUUGUGGGAGACACCAGACGACGUUUCGCGUAUGGUCAUUUUACCGCUUAAUUCCAACCGUGACACCAUUCAUGCUCAUCAGGAAGCAAUCCUGUUCUCCAUUUCUGGAACGCAUGUCCUUGCAACAGCUCUAUCAUUGUCACAAGAUCUGGACCAGAUGGCGUCUCCCGCAGAGAAGUUGGGGUCGUGCCGAAUCGGGGACCAAAUAUUGACAAACAUAACGACCGCAGAUGCUUCCUCUUCAAGUGUGUCACUGGUGGUAGUAGACAGUGCAGGAAUGGUGCGUUUGCUUGUUGUCUCUAUCACUCCUAAAGAGAGUACGCACUGGACCAUUUCCUUUCAUACCUUCGAUCUAUUCAAAACAGAGAUACGGAGGAUGACCAACUUGAUUGUUAGGGCCUGUUCAGUGCAGCUUAUUGCCGUAUCGUCGUCAGAGGACGAAAAUGAAAUUGCUGUAUGGUCGGCUAGACCGCACCCAGGUUGUCUUCUCGAAAAAGGCGGCGGAAAAGAGCAUGUACAGGAUAUCAGUUGGGAUUAUUUUGUUUUUCUGUUGAGAUCCAACCUCGUCGAGUACUACAAUGACUGCAUCUGCUUUUGGCUCGACUGCACUGCGCCAACUGCGCCUUUUGGCGUCUACUCGAACCCAUUGGAUGUGUUUCCUCACAUACUACCUGCCUUGCAGUGUGCCUUUGCGUCAUCAGACGAGAGCACCUUCUUACGCUCGGACUGGCACCCGGACUCCUUUCUUGCAGAAAUUUGUUUGGAUGAUAGAGGUGUUAAGGCUGCUUUGGACGACCGACUGCGAUCUUUGUUUUUGUGGCUUAGCUCCGUAGGAAAGGAUUUGUCGGACGAAGAUUUGGAAGGGCCUCUACGUGUAGCACCCCUGCUCAUAGUCGAAGAAAAAAUUUCUGAAGACAGCGAUGGUCAGGAUCAACCUCGAGCAAGACUGACUCUGCUAACGGGUCCGGCUACGGACCAAACACUCCCAUCGCAAAACGUCGCGAGAGAAGUGAGUAAACUGAAGAGUUUUCGGGAUAUACUCUUGUGUAGCAUCAAUCAGGCAAUUCCUGAGUCGUCUUCCACCGUUCAGUCGCUCGAUUGCGACCUAGGCAUCAAAAAAGAAGAGCUCCCACCGCUCCUACGCACAUUGUCUUCUGAAGAUUUGGAAAUUAUUUGGGCCCUAUACGAUAUGCUGGUAAAACCGCCUUGUUUCGACAAGCUAGAUAAGCUAGGGCAGCUAUUCCUGUUCACCAGAGAAAUCUUUCAUCGGCUUGCAGCUAUUACAAAUAAGAUAGAAAGCUCGAUUUCUACAAGGAUACCAAUGCCGUCAAUGCAUGUUAAGAUCACUUCGAAGUCCGGUGGGAGCCAGAGUUGCGAAGAAACGUACGUGGCCUCCUCCGGCUGCUUGGCUGCUCUUAUGAGCCGCUCUCAAAAUAAAAUUUUGGACUGCUGCCGUGCAAAUGGACAUAAGUUUGACUGGCCAUUCGCGAGAGACCUUCGCAUUGCAUUCUGGCUGCGGUCGGAUAGGGAGCUUGCCAAGAUAUCGGAAGAGAUCGGCCAGACUCUUUACAGGGCCAAGAAAGAGAUAAUGGAAUGCGCACUAUUCUUUGUGAUUGCGCGAAAGACGAGAACUCUCCGAAAUUUAGCAGCAGCAGAUUCGACCGAUAGUGGGAGGAAGCUAUUCCAGUUUUUGACGUCUCAUGACUUCUCUGACGAGCGAGGUCGACGAGCUGCAGAAAAAAACGCAUACAGCCUUCUUCGCAAAAACAGAUAUGGCAUUGCAUCCGCGUUUUUCCUCCUUGCCGAGCCCCCUUUUCUCAAGUCAGCUCUCGAAGUGAUUGUGACAAAAAUGCGAGACUCAGACCUUGCUUUCGCUGUUGCGAGGCUAACGGAGAGUUCUGUUGCCGCCCUACAACCCAGUCUGAAUGCAUCUUCCGUAGGGCUUGGAGGCAUACUUGGAGGUGGAGGCGGGUAUGCCAUUCCACCCGGAUCAGACUCUUCGUUGGAUGGUGAGGACGGAGAACGUUUUGACGAUUGGCAACCAGAUCUUGGAAUGUAUUCUAAGAAGCUGUUGGUGGAACAAUUGCUUCCUCAAGCUGAGCGAGACAAUGCUCUGAGCGCUAUCCAGCUAUUAUGGCUUGGUAAAAUUGAGGAAGCGUCUUGGUGGCUAUCCGGGUUCAUAGAACCCAGCCAUGAUAGCGACACGGGUUAUCGCUUAGUCAACGAUAUCGAUCACCGUGUAUUCGGAACAAGGACUGAUGCGAAAAGACAGUGUGCUGGAUCAAUGAAGCUGUCGAAUGCAAUUGGCAAGGUAAACUUGCUUGUUGACUUCAUCUCGGCUCCGCUCUUGCUUGACGCCCUGGGUGGGAGUCAGCGAGCUCAAUUUGCUUCAUGUUUAGCAGUUUCGAGUGCGUUGAUUGCGCGGGGAGUUGAGAUGCCAACUAUUCGCUCUCUACUACAUUUAGCUGGUUCUCAAAUGCUUUUGAAGCAUCCCAUAACUUGUCUAAGUCCCAGAGAGGACGCGAAACACGGUCUGUCGCCCUCGUCGGCAGCUGUGAAGCCGUCGAUAUCCAAGUCAUUAAGUUCUUCCCUCCAGCCAAAGCGAAGCUGCAAUUUAGCGGUUGCUGCUUCCUCGGGGGUUAUGUCGUCCUCUGUUUUUGAUUCGUUUGAUACACCUCCUACCCACAACUCGAAAGCGAAGGUUUCAGACCAUUUUGAGAGAUCAGAAACGGUGCAGUCUUCUAUUUUCGAUGCCUUUGAUGCUCCGCCUACCCAAAAUUCGAACCCGAAGGUAUCAACCCAGGAAGGCAGAUCCUAUGGGAUGCAAUCAUCCAUAUUUGACUCCUUUGAUCCUCCUCCUCUCCAGAAUAUAAGUGUUACGGCAGGACGUGAUGAGACAUCGGGGAACAUAGAGUCGUCCAUUUUUGACUCGUUUGAUGUUCAUCCCGGACCGACUGUGAAGGGAUCUGCAUGCGACGAUCGAUCCGGAGACGUGCGGUGUACUGCCAUUUCAUUUGAUGACACAAGACAAUUAUUCAGCGAAAAUGAUGCCCAAGAAUCGAAGGUUUUAUGUCCUGUUGACAAUAGACCAACUAUUGACAAUCAAGAGGCGAUCAAGAAGUCCGAAAUAGCGAUUUCUCUUUCAAUCUGUCGGAAAGGGAUCCCAGAUUUGUGGAGCGAAUGGCGUUAUAACAUGCUUUUGUUAUGCGCUGGGAGGCGCCUACUGCGUGAAGUGGCGAGCGUCGUAGCUCAAUUUCACGGGGACCCGCGGCCUCAGUCAAUGGUGUCUUUUUAUCAUAGCGAACACCCGCUUGUUCCCUCAAGGGCAUCUGAAGUACUGCAGCUGAGAUGCGACUCCGAAAAAAUAAUAGGAAGAGUCAAACGGUCUCUGGAACAGCUUUCCACAGCAAGCGGGUUGGAAACUCUUGUUGUUGUAAGUUGCUCAGUCCAGCUUUUGGGUCAUUCCCAACAACGCCGUAGAACACUUUUUACUGUUAUUCUUUAUGCCGCAGCGCAACAAGAUGACAUGGCUGAUCUCAUCGUUCGAGCCGCUGCUUCGGAUCUCAUUCAAAUGGCGAAGAGUAUGGUGUUUUGUAACGACGUUUUUGUACUCAAACAAAAAUCGCGUUCGCACGCAUCUACACAGCAUAUUCGGCGACUAGCGGCAAGGUUGAGUUGGCAACUAGAAAUUUGCAUGUGGCUGCAGCGGGGUGGAGGUCUUUACUUAUCUGCAAGUACAAUCAAAGAUGCAAUUGCCGCUGUGCGAGUUGGCAUUCUCAUAGCCAGCUGGAACCGCAACACCGAAUGCUUGGAAGCCAUGAUUCGAAACCAACCAGACUGUUCUCUCGACGACGAAGCAGGACAUCCGCUGUGGACAAAUUUAAAAAGCUUUACCGCUCCCGAGAGAGAAGUAAAAAAAAACAGAAAGAUCUCAAGUGGUGGAUGGGAGUUUUUGGUAGACUGCAGAAGAACAGAGGCGACAAAAAUGCUGCGAUGUAGACCUACGGGGUGCUUCAUUAUUAGGCCACAUCCAAACGACCAUGGGGUUUUCACGCUCAGUUUUAAAACUAACUUAGCGAGUGAGGAGGGAAUGCCUAAGGAUGGCGAACAGCAGCUAUCUGAUCAUGGGGAGUUGGUGAAUAGGCCUGAGCAACCUAGUUCUACAGUAAUGUCUUCACGGGCUUCGAAAAGAGACGACAUAGUUCAACAUGCGGUUGUCAGGUUGUCUGAAUCUGGAUUUCGAUGUGGUUCUUUUGGUCCUUUCGCUAGCCUCAUCGGUCUCCUUGAAGCCGUGUCAGCAUCGCUCCCUUUCAAUUUGAGGUUCGAUCAACCGCCAGUUGACCGGGUAAUUCAAGAAGGAUUCCAGCCUUCUCCAAAUGCAGUAUUUUUCCGAAAGCUAGCCCUCAGUCAUGCGGAUAGCGGAGCUUAUCCCCAGCCAGCCAAAGUACAGAGUUGUCAAGUCCCGUCUUCUCCCAAGGAGGAGCGAACCUCUUCGACAUUCCGAACAGGGAGCGAAGAUACCAGAUCCGAAAAGAAGAUAUCUUUUGCCUAUUUUCUCGAGCUCACGACUCUGAGCAAAAUUCAUCGGCAAUUAAGUGCCGUUGUAUCAGUUCACGUUGACGAGGCUCAUCAGUCUGAUGGGGAGGUCAUGACGACAGACGAAAGCUACGAAGCAGCGUCGGAUAGUGUUUUAUCGCUAAUGACUUUUCAUGGAGUCUCCACUCCGUACGCUUCUUCGCGGAGGCUUCUUAGUCCUCUGAUAUGUUGGGGCCGUUCUUUGGAAAUUCUUUCCGUGGAGUAUGUAGCCCCGGAAUUGAAUGGCUCUUUCGAUCCCAGAUUGCCAGUGGAUUUUGAGGAGUCGGCCGAAGAAAUUGAAAUAUUUCAGCACGAAUCCGCAACUACGGUCGAGCAAGGGGACGCAGUACUUCGACAAAUGAUCAAACGAGGAUCUGGAGUCGAUUUCAGUACGUUACGCUUAAGUGACGGUGGUGAUUGCACUAUGGUUGUGGUUUUUGGAAAGAAGGAAGGAAUCGAGUGGUUGCUUUCCAGCGGAUUAGAAGCUAGUGAAACCGGCGCUUUGAGAAGAUUGAAGAUAAUGGAGCAUGAGAAUAUUAUCGAACCAAUUGAAAUGCAGCGACUCCCUCUGAAACAUAAGGUACCUGAGCACGGAGAAAGUGAUGUGAGAUACAGGAUUGUUGACCCCUGGGAAGUGGAAGCGCUUCCGAAUCGUGAAGGCGAGACUCGAGGAGCCUCUCUUGGCAGAGAAAGCUUCUCAAGGUUUAGUAUAGGGCAGGUGGCACUGUCAUCAGAGAGUACCCUUCGUGAUAUUGGCGGGCAUUCGCUUUUAGAGCUGUGGACCAGCACGAAAGGAGGAGUGCUUUUGACAAAAGCGUUAGCUUCGAUAGAUACACCUUGGGAACGUGCCGGGGCAGGAGAUUUGCUUCCAGGAAAUGGAAUAAUGACCAGUGUUCCUCCGUACUUAAAUAGCAUCAGGCAGCACUUGUACAGGAACGCGCUGUUUCGCCGCCUCGACCUUCCGCAGCGUUUUGUUGCACUAAUGCAAGUGGAGUUGCUCGACCUAAAAAACUUGUCGUCUCCCGGUGGCUCAGUUUCCCUCUCAACUUACGCGCUGUUGCGCCUGAAACGUGACGGCAACAGGGCGGGCUUAACCAACAAAACACGGACACUUGACACAGCAAAGACACAUGCCACCAAGCUUGGGAAAUCUUCUGGUCCAAAUGCCCCGGCGUCCUGGGGAAGCGUCGUUCGAUUCCGUUUCCCCCUCCCUGAAGAUGUUUCUGUGGAAGGGUCAAGUCUCGACGAUGAUCGAGAAACACUAUUCAAAGGACCCCCGUGUGUACUUCAGAUUACAGUGUACGAAAAAAAGCUUAUCGUGGAUAACUCACUGGGAACUGCAGAUAUUCGCACAGACGGCCUUUGGAGCGGAGGCCAGCUUGAGGAGUGGGUGCCUCUGCGCUCAGAUAAGCAAACCAUUACAUGGUUUGCUCGAAUCAGAUUGACACUAAGUGUUGGACUCCGGAGGAUGGAGGAACUCAUCCGUGCAGGUGCUUCGGCGCACGAAGAUAACAAGCAAGCUACAAGCUCCCCGGAUUUGUUGACAUACUUUGAGAGCAUGGUGUACUAA